AUGGUUAGUGAGUUCACCACAUCUCUGACUAAACACAAGCCAAAGCAAAAGCCUCGUGCUUUUGCUAUUCCGAUCUUGAAAGACACUAUAUCCGGUCUCUACUACACCAACAUGACCGUCGGGAAGCCACCACUCAACGUUCCUAGACAUCGUUGCACCACUUGCUUCGGCCCCUUCGGACCUACCUGCAGAAACGACACGUGUAUAUCUGGCGUCGAAUCCGACUUAGCCUUCACCCCAACCGUCAAUUAUCUAGUCAACGACGAUUUGAUGAUCCUACGCGACACGUCACCAUCAGCUUACUUAGCACCCAAACUCCCACUGAGAGCGAGUUUCGCUUGCGUAGGCGAUGGCUUUCAAGCCUAUACAAAGCUUCCGUACGGUUCUAACGGCGGUCUCGGACUCGGUAAUGCCUCGACGUCUUUCGUUAGCGCCCUGGUCUCUUCUUACAAGAUUCCCUUUAAAGUCGCUCUUUGUUUACCAUCCAAGCCCGGAAAUAACUAUUCCGGGGCUGUUUACAUCGGUGGCGGCCCCUAUGUGCUGCCACCGAACCGUGCAAGGAUCAGUUCUAGCUUGAUUCCUUACGGUCUCUUGGAGACUUCCAUUUACAAAUCUCUUGUCAAAGCUUUCGGGGGGAAAGCCAAGAAGCGAAAAGCCGUGGCUCCCUCCACUGACUGCUUUAGCUACAAAAGUUUUGGAGGAAAGUCUCUGUUGGAUAAAGAGAUUCCCGUAAUCAGUCUGGUGAUGGGGGGAGGAACCAAGUGGGAUAUCUAUGGCCCAAACUCGCUUGUGAAGGUAAAGAAAACCGUCGUGUGUCUAGCGUUUAUCGAUGCCGGAGUUGGUGUGAGAUUUCCGGUUGAGAUUGGAGGAUAUCAAGUAGAAGAUAACCUAAUCGAGUUCGAUCUUGAGGCUUCAAAGUUUUCAUUCACUUCUUCGCUUUUGCUUCACAACACAUCGUGUAGUCGUCCACUCUGA